AUGUACAUCCCCCUCGGAGGCUGUGAGCAGUACAGAGCAAGGGUGUGGGAACAUCUAUAGCUGUUUCUAGAGAUGACCACAGAAAGAAGCUGCUUCCCCUCAGGAAAGAGACAGAACAGACAUCCCCCAGGAGGGUGCCAUGGACCUGCUGCGGGAGCUGAAGGCCACGCCUGUCACGCUGCACCUGCUGCAGUCCACCCGGGUCGGCAUGUCCGUCAAUGCCCUGCGGAAGCAGAGCUCCGAUGAAGAGGUUGUCACGCUGGCCAAGUCUCUCAUCAAAUCCUGGAAGAAGCUUCUGGAUGCUUCAGAUGCCAAAGCCAGGGAGCGGAGGAGGGGUGGGCCUCUGCCCACGUCGACGUCCUCCAAAGAGGCCUGUGAGGCUAAGGAUCCCAGCCGCAAGAGGCCGGAGCCACCUAGGAUGCCGUCGACCCCAAGGAUCACCACGUUUCCCCCAGUGCCGGUCACCUGCGACGCUGUGCGCAACAAAUGUCGUGAGAUGCUGACGGCCGCCCUGCAGACGGGCCAUGACCAUGUGGCCGUUGGUGCAGACUGUGAGCGCUUGUCAGCCCAGAUCGAGGAAUGCAUCUUUCGGGACGUGGGGAACACGGACAUGAAGUACAAGAACCGCGUGCGGAGCCGCCUCUCCAACCUCAAGGAUGCCAAGAACCCUGGCCUGCGGCGCAACGUGCUGUGCGGUGCCAUCACGCCCCAACAGAUUGCUGUGAUGACUUCGGAGGAGAUGGCCAGUGAUGAGCUGAAGGAGAUCCGCAAGGCCAUGACCAAGGAGGCCAUCCGCGAGCACCAGAUGGCCCGCACAGGCGGCACACAGACCGACCUGUUCACCUGCGGGAAGUGCAGGAAGAAGAACUGCACCUACACGCAGGUGCAGACCCGCAGCUCCGAUGAGCCCAUGACCACCUUCGUUGUCUGCAACGAGUGCGGAAAUCGCUGGAAGUUCUGCUGAGCCCCUGUGCACCUGUGCCUGCAGCCUUGGGCCGAGGCCAGCACUGGCCACCACCUCCCCCAUUCCCUGCUAACAGAUGCAGCUUCUCUGGAGACCUGCCCUGUGCCCAAUGGCCUUCCUCAGAAGGCAGCACAUCCUGCCCUACCCCACCACUCGCCUGCAGUGCACCUUGUCUCUUUCCCCCAGAUUAUUAAAUGUUUCUUUUUGCCACC